CCCGGUUGCCUCCUGUUGGGUGCUUCCUGCAUUUAACGUUACACUUAUUUUACAUAUCUUCGUGCACAUCAAUGCUACUUGUGUGUACAGAUGCAGUGACAACUUAGCUGUACCUACAAGAUUGGAAUAAAGGCUUGAGUAAAGGGAAAGGACAUUAAGACCAUUAGAGUGAGUCACUGUCUCCAUCUUGAAGAGCUGAAAUGGCUUUUUCACAGAUCCGCCUGAAAAUUCUCCCCAGUGUUCGCUGUCUCUUCGAUAAAAUGGUACAGGUAAAAGUUGAGGGACUUGCUCCUUACAAACAAGUUCAGCUGAGGUCCAAACUAGUUGAUGACAGAGGGGUGAUUUUCAAGGCUUCUGCCCUGUACAAAGCAGAUGAAACUGGCCAGGUGGAUGUGUGCCGCACACCUUCUCUGGGAGGAAGUUACACCGGUGUGGAGCCCAUGGGUUUGUUUUGGUCCAUGGCACCGGAGACGCCGCACAGUAAAUUCUUGAAGAAGAACGUCGUCAGCCCAACAUUGGUGGACAUAGAAGCACUGUGUGGAGAGACUGGUGAGGUCUUAGCGUCUGAAACCAACGAGAGAGACUACAUGACAGAGGGGAUGAAGAGAAUACCUGUGCAAGAGGGAAGAAUACGAGGAGUCCUCUUCGUACCACCAGGAAAGGGUCCAUUCCCAGGAAUAGUGGAUUUGUACACAUUUGGUGGUCGUCUUACAGAGGCCAGAGCCAGCCUCUUGGCCAGUAAAGGUUUUGUUGUUCUGGCUUUGGCUUAUUUUGGCUACGAGGGUUUGCCAAAAAAACCUAAAAAGUUGGAAUUGGAGUACUUUGAAGAAGCUGUAACAUAUCUGAGGAGACAGCCAGAGGUUAAAGGUCCUGGGAUUGGCAUCAUCUCAAUCUCCCACAGUGGCGGUUUGGCUUUGGCCAUGUCAUCUUUCCUCUCUGGGAUCUCAGCAACUGUCUGUAUUAACACCUGCAAUGCAAAUACUGUGAUUCCUUUACACUACAAAGACAUCGUGAUGCCUCCACUUCCCUCUGUCAUCUGGAAGAUCAGAAUCACAACCUCUUGGCUUUUAAAUAUACGCAAUGCCAUAUCUGACCCUUCCUUGGAAAAGAACAAGGCGUCAUUGAUUCCGAUCGAACGUGCCAACUGCCAGUUCCUAUUUGCUGUUUCUGAAGAUGACUGCAAUUGGAACAGUCCGUUAUAUGCCGAGCAGGCUGCCGCAACACUGAGAAAACACGGCAAAGAGUCUUUUGAAGUGGUGACAUACCCGAAAGCCGGACACUUUUUGGAAGUCCCUUACAUGCCUUAUUGUCCGUCUGCGUUCCAUGCGGCAGUUGGAAGGGAAGUGGUGUUUGGUGGUGAGCCAAAAGCCCACAUUGAGGCUCAGCUGGACCUGUGGGAAAGGGUCCAGGAGUUCUUCAAGAACCACUUGGACACUUAGAGUGAUUGUUAGCGAGCAGUGCUUAACCUUGUCUUUAGAGUCUAAUGAAUGAGGGAUAUUAAAUUAUGCUGUCUGGGUGUUCUCAUGUUGAAGCUGUGGGUUUCUGACUUUUCUGGACCAUGAACAAAUUCAGCAUAUUUUGUUCCAACUGAGUUUUUUUCUCCUAAGCUUCAAUGAGCCACACAACACAAAAUUAUGCAUUCAGAUAUAUUUAAUAUUCACAGCAGAUAUUUUGACCAGGAAAAUAACAGGUGGCGCUAACACCGAUAAUAAUGACACCUCUGUUUUGUUUAAGUAUUCAGCUAAGGCAAGGCACUGAGCGAGCAUGCUCAAUACCAGGACCCUGGACCUGAUGCAUUGUAAGGUAAUGUAGCAAUCAUGUGCUUCUCCUACAAUGACACCACAAAAUGUCUGCCUUGAAAACAAUCAGCAGCACUCCUUGUGUCAGUGUCAAACGCAGUGUUAUGAUUAUUAAUUUCCAGUAUGUACUGAUCAGCCAAAACAAUAAAACCACUGACAAGUGAAGUGAAUAACAUUGAUCAUUUUGUUACAGUGCAAUGCUCUUCUGAGGAACCUUGGUUCCUGCCAUUCAUGUAGAUGCUACUUGACACGCUACACCCACCCAAACGACAUGACAGACCAAGUACACCCCUCUAUUUUCAACUACAUUCCCUGAUUGAAGUGUGCCCCCCAGGCAGGACAGUGCACCAGGCACACCACAAAAACUGCUCAGGAGUGGCUCGGCAGGUGUGACUAAGCUCAAGGCCUUGACCUGGCCUCCAAUAUUCCCCAGAUCCAAAUCCAAUUGAACAUCCGUUGGGCAUGCCGGCACCUUACCUUGCAACCCACAGGACUCAAAGGAUCUGUCCACAACGCCUUGGUGCCAGACAACACAGGGUACCCACAGAGGUCCUGUUUCCAUGCCUCGACAGGUUAGAGGCCUGAUCGUAGAUUGGACUUGACUCUGACCUGUCGAGGCAUGGACAAAGGACCUCCUGGGCACCACUUUGUCCCACAGAUGCGUGAUCAUAUUGGGAUCUGUGAAAUUUGAAAGCUAGGUCGAUGCUUGAGAGGUUUUUGCAGUGUGGCAUGGUGCAUUGCCUUGCUGGGGGGCUACUGUCAUCAGGGGUAGUUUUGCAAUGAGUGGGGUUACUUGGUCUGUAACAAUGUUUAGGUGGAUGGAGUCCGUAAAGGGGCAUCCACAUGAAUGCUAGGACCAAAGGUUUUUCAGCAGAACAUUGCACUGUAAUGAAACGAUCAAUGUUAUUCACUUCACCUGUCAGUGGUUUUACAGUUUUGGCUGAUCGGUGUAGACGCUAACACUUUGAUUAUUUUGUUUGUGGUUCGAAAAGGAUUUUCUUUUGAGUGGUGAGGUUUUGUGUUAACAUUUUGCAUUGAACAGUAAUGAUUGUUUUACACCUCAUUCUGCAACCAUAUUAUCUAGCUCAAGGUUUGAGAGCAAAAGAUUGUAGAAAAUACUAUUCUCACUGUUCUUUUGAUAUUUUAAUAACACUGUAAGUAAUUGUGGUGUUCUACAAGAAUCAGUCUUACACUAAGAUGAUCAGCAGUUGCAUCACAGCAUUGUUUCAAACUGUAACAAGUCCUCCUCUUACACUAAUGGGUGUUAUUAUAAUAAAGUUAAGUACAGCAAUGAGGUUCAUUAGUCUCCCAGAAAUAAACUCCAUGAAUGUGAAUCCUCAUUUGUGUAAAUGUUGGCAUCUAGUGGCAGCUCAGCCUUCCUACAUUUAUCUUUGAUGUCUCUUUACACAUCAUGUGAGCCAUGUUUGGUUACACACUAUAUAAUGUGAAACAGACUGUGAUGAAAGAUUGUGAAACAAAGGCAUUAAAUCAACGUUAAUCCCA